AUGGCGCCUCGCUACGUGAACUUUCGGAGCGUUGGGAUAAUGGAAGCAUCCGGUGAAUUGUCGCGCUCCGACGUGACAGGAGAAGCAGAAAUCCCUGAAAAAGAGGAGCCCGGCGUCAUUCCAACUGCUUCCGAGGCAUCCUGCGUCAUGGGAUUAAAUAAGGGAAGCCUGGCGGAAACACCUGGGUCAGCGGCGAGCGGCGACGCCGGUGCCCCAGUGGGCGGCAUGGCCCUCAAGAUGGCCACGACUGUCCUGCACCCCGUUUGUUUGGGGGAGAACCCGCUGAUGCUACCCAUUCACCUUCAGAUGGCAGCAGCCACCGGGCCCCAACUGAGUCCGAUAGGGGCAGCGCCCUACUUACUAACGGGCCCCAACCAGGUUUCCCUCCCGCUGGUCUUGGACCCAUCUGUGAUCCCACAGAACAACAUCCUGUGUCCCAAUCCUUUGACCUUCGUGGAGCAAAAGUCUGCAACGGUACCCCCACAGGACGCCAACCUUUUGUCUCUCCUUCAGAAUCCCGCCUUCGCCGCCAUACUGCAGGACCUUUUCCCACCACAAACCGGUCCCGUCCCUUGCCAACCACCGGGCUCCCCCUUCUUCCCGUCCCCCUACUCGUCCCCUCUUGCUCCGCUGGUCCCGCCCGCGACUCUUCUAGUCCCGUACCCAGUCGUCAUCCCGCUGCCGGUCCCUUUGCCGAUCCCGCUACCUAUCCCCGUCCCCCUGACGGAGGACUCCAAAAGCAACCUACCGAAAGCGGUCUGCACCGAAACCAAAAGCACUCAGACUCCCCGAGACCUGGAUUCGGUCCCGCAAAGCACGUCCCCUCAAAUUCUCGACCUUUCCAUGCGAGGAUCAUGCACCGUGGAACCGAAACAGGAGUACCUCGGUCCGCAGCAGCAGGACAGUGUGUUGGACUUGUCGGUGCCCGCCGCCCGGAAACAACGCGCCCCCUUACUUGGGUCUGCUCGGUCACUAGAACGCAGCGCCAGUCUAGACUCUAAUAUCCUGGGAAGUCUGGCGUCUCUGGAGUUCAGCCGGCAGCACAAGUGGAUGGUGGACGGCGGCGCUGGCGGAUCUGCCGCCCUAGGGCCGGUAGCGCCCAACCUGGAGAUCGUCAGCACCUCGCAGACGGCCAAAGUCAUCGUUUCGGUCAAGGACGCCAUCCCGGCCAUCCUAUGCGGGAAGAUCAAGGGGCUCUCAGGGGUUUCCACUAAGAACUUCUCCAUUAAACAUGACGGAACACAGGGGACGCCGUCUCAGCUCUUCGGGGUGCCGCAGCCACUGCCUCCGCCCCCUCAGCACGGUCCCGACGCAUCCCUAAAGAAGGUCCCCGGUAAAAACCGAGCCAUCAAGCUGAAGAAAGUCAGCUCACAGGAGAUCCACUUCCUGCCAAUCAAGAAGCAGAGACUGGCGGCGCUCUUUCCCAGGAAGUAA